AGUUGCAGCAAAAAAGGAAAUGUGUCAUCUGUGGUUUGGUUUUAAAAGUGGAAAGCUAGCUGUACAGAUCCUUUUCAACUGCAGAUUUACUUUAAGAUUCACAUUCUCCAAGUCUAUUCUGCUUUAAGUUACUUGGAAGCCAUACUUCAAGACAAGAAAAGAAGUGGCCUUUAAAAAUCAGGUUAUAAUCAGAUUUUGACCAAGCACUCUGUAAGAUUACCAGUAUGCUCUCAGACAUGGGCCACACAGGACAUUACCUGCACCUUGCCUUUCUGAUGGCAACAGUUUUUUCUUUGUCUUCUGUAACAAAGGCAAACUAUACCCAUCUGCUGGCUAACAAUACUACUGUUUCGGAUCCAGAUGUUCAAACUAAGACAGGCAAAAACCAAAAUGAAAACACUAAUAAAAGCCCUGCAUCACCUAAAAUGCAUAAAAAUGGUAAUUCUACAAAUAUGCCUGAAAUAGCAACAUCACCUCACACCAUACCUUUAAUUCCUAAAUCUAAGCUACAGCAUUUUACAACUUCUGAUAUCUGGAAUAGUUUUCCAACAAUACAGAGCAUCAAAAACACAAGCAAAAAUCACAGUGAAAUUUUAAAAAAAGAGGUCUGCGAGGAAAACAGCUACAAAAUGGCUAUGCUAAUUUGCUUAAUUGUAAUUGCAGUACUUUUUCUUAUUUGUACUAUUCUAUUUCUAUCAACUGUGCUUCUGGCAAACAAAGUCUCAUCUCUCAAACGAGCAAAACAAGUAGGCAAGCGUCAGACGAGAAGCAAUGGUGAUUUUCUGGCAAGCAGUGGUCUAUGGCCCGCUGAAUCAGACACUUGGAAAAGAGCAAAACAGCUCACAGGGCCCAAUCUGAUGAUGCAAUCAGCUGGAGUGCUCACAAUGACAAGGGAAAGAAAAGAUGGAGAUGGAACUGAAAAAUUCACUAACUAACAGAUACCCUAGAGAGAAAAAUUCAAAUCGGCAAUGAGAAAAUUUAUGGACUAAAAAUGAAGCAGUCUGAUAUUUAAUACAGAGAGAUGGAUGGGUCUGAUGGUUUUAACAUUUGAUAAGACAAAGGCUACGGAAAUAGCUCAAACGGCUCAAAGACGUAGUUCUCCAAAGCACUACGCAAAGAAACCCCAGAAUACUGACAUGGGUG